AUGCAGUCCGUGGGCCUCGAAGGUCUCCACACUGUAGGAUGGAGGCCUCGGCUGAGUUCUCUGUUCCUGCUGCUGCUUGUGCUGCUGCUGCUGCUGGUGCCCUCGAAGUCGGUAACCCGCGCCCAAAUCACGCCAGACACCCAGAUCACUCAGGUCCCCCCCAGCGCCCCCACCACGCUGAGCACCUCCAGCGCCCAGACCACGCCAGGCACCCCCAGCGCCCUGACUCCAUCGAGCCCCUCUCCGCGAGAGCGUGCUAGGGCCCUGAUGCAGAACUUCCGGCUUGUGGACGGCCACAAUGACCUGCCCCUGGUCCUGAGGCAGUUUUACCAGACAAAUCUACAGGAUGUUAACCUGCGAAAUUUCAGCCAUGGCCAGACCAACCUGGAUAGACUUAGAGAAGGCCUCGUAGGCGCCCAGUUCUGGUCAGCCUAUGUCCCAUGCCAGACCCAGGAUCGGGAUGCUGUACGCCUCACCCUGGAGCAGAUUGACCUCAUUCAUCGAAUUUGUACCACCUACCCUGAGCUGGAGCUUGUGACCUCUGUUGAUGGUAGCACCCAGAAAUUGGCCUGCCUCAUUGGCGUGGAGGGCGGCCAUUCACUGGACAGUAGCCUCUCCGUGCUACGCAGUUUCUAUCUGCUGGGAGUGCGCUACCUGACGCUCACCCACACCUGCAACACUCCCUGGGCAGAAAGUUCGUCUAAGGAUACCCACCCCUUCUACAACAAUGUCAGUGGACUGACCAGCUUUGGUGAGAAGGUGGUGGCUGAAAUGAAUCGCCUGGGCAUGAUGAUAGACUUGUCCCAUGUUUCCAGUGCUGUGGCACAGCGGGCCCUGGAAGUGUCACAGGCACCUGUGAUCUUCUCACACUCAGCUGCCUGGAGUGUGUGCAAGGAUCCUCGGAAUGUUCCUGAUGACAUCCUGCAACUUCUGAAGAAGAAUGGUGGCAUUGUGAUGAUGUCCUUGUCUGUAGGGGUGAUGGAGUGCAACCAAUUCGCCAAUGUGUCCACUGUGGCAGAUCACUUUGACCACGUCAAGACAGUCAUUGGAUCCAAGUUCAUUGGAAUUGGCGGAGAUUAUGAUGGCACCAGACACUUCCCCCAGGGCCUGGAGGAUGUGUCCACAUACCCAGUGCUGAUAGAGGAGUUGCUGCGUCGGGGCUGGAGUGAGGAAGAGCUUCAAGGUGUCCUUCGAGGAAACCUGCUGCGGGUUUUCAGACAAGUGGAACAGAGCCAGACUGGGCUACACAGCAAGGCAGGUGCAGGGCCAAAGCUACAGAGCGGCGGGUGGCGGGUAGAUGCACUCUGCAUGCUGAUGCCCGCCGGGCCCAUAGGGGCGCCAUCCAACUUGGGAGCGGGAAGGCCCUGGCGCCCCCUGGCGGCUGCGCUUGGCUGCGUGGAGGAUCCCCGCGCGUGCGUUGCAGAGUAG